CCGGGCCAACAUGGCGGCCGCAUUGCUGCUGCUGCGCGCCCUCCGCCCGGGCCCGGCCGCGGGGUCCGGGCCACUGCGGAGCCCCUGCUCGGGCUGGAGCCUAAGCCUCUGCUUCGGGGCCGGAAGGAGGUGCCGGCACUUCGUCCACAGGCCUGCGAUCCGGCUCCUGGGGGCCGGAGGCCGCGCCAAGCAGAGUUUGCGGCUGUGCCUGCCGACCCCAACCGCUGAAGGGUUCAGUGGAUUGUUGUGGAAACAGCAUCUAGUCCAGAAUCCAGUCAGACUCUGGAAACUCUUAGGUGGCAGUUACUAUUUUAACACCUCCAGGAUGAAGCAGAAGACUAAGGACAAUGAUAAAUCUAAGGGGAGGACCCCUGAAGAUGAUGAAGAGGAGAGGAGACGCAAGGAGAGAGAGGACCAGAUGUACCGCGAGCGGCUGCGCACCUUGUUUGUCAUCGCCGUGAUCAUGAGCCUGCUGAACGCGCUCAGCACCAGCGGGGGCAGCAUUUCCUGGAACGACUUUGUGCACGAGAUGCUGGCCAAGGGCGAGGUGCAGCGCGUGCAGGUGGUGCCUGAGAGCGACGUGGUGGAGGUCUACCUGCACCCCGGAGCUGUGGUGUUCGGGCGGCCUCGGCUGGCCUUGAUGUACCGGAUGCAGGUGGCAAACAUCGACAGGUUUGAGGAGAAGCUCCGAGCUGCUGAAGACGCCCUGAAUAUUGAAGGCAAGGACAGGAUCCCGGUUUCCUAUAAGCGGACAGGAUUCUUUGGAAAUGCCCUCUACGCCUUGGGGAUGACUGCGGUGGGCCUGGCCAUCCUGUGGUACGUGUUCCGUCUGGCUGGAAUGACGGGAAGGGAAGGAGGACUCAGUGCUUUUAAUCAGCUUAAAAUGGCCCGUUUCACAAUUGUGGAUGGCAAGAUGGGGAAAGGAGUCAGCUUCAAAGAUGUAGCAGGAAUGCACGAAGCCAAACUGGAAGUCAAAGAGUUUGUGGAUUAUCUGAAGAGCCCAGAGCGCUUCCUUCAGCUUGGAGCCAAAGUCCCAAAAGGUGCACUCUUGCUCGGGCCUCCCGGCUGUGGGAAGACACUUCUGGCCAAGGCGGUGGCAACAGAAGCCCAGGUGCCAUUCUUGGCGAUGGCCGGUCCAGAGUUCGUGGAGGUCAUUGGAGGCCUUGGCGCUGCCCGCGUGCGGAGCCUCUUCAAGGAAGCCCGGGCCCGGGCUCCCUGCAUCGUCUACAUUGACGAGAUCGACGCUGUGGGCAAGAAGCGCUCCACCACCAUGUCUGGCUUCUCCAACACGGAGGAAGAGCAGACGCUCAACCAGCUUCUGGUGGAAAUGGACGGAAUGGGCACCACCGACCAUGUCAUUGUCCUGGCAUCUACCAACCGAGCUGACAUCUUGGACAACGCUCUGCUGAGGCCUGGCCGACUGGAUCGACACGUCUUCAUUGACCUUCCCACACUGCAGGAAAGGCGGGAGAUUUUUGAGCAGCACCUGAAGAGCCUGAAGCUGACCCAGGCCAGCAGCUUCUACUCACAGCGUCUGGCAGAGCUCACGCCGGGGUUCAGCGGUGCUGACAUCGCCAACAUCUGUAACGAGGCCGCGCUGCACGCUGCACGGGAAGGGCACACGUCCGUCCACACGUUUAACUUCGAGUACGCUGUGGAACGGGUCAUUGCUGGGACUGCCAAAAAGAGCAAGAUCCUGUCAAAGGAAGAACAGAAGGUGGUUGCGUUUCAUGAGUCGGGCCAUGCUCUGGUCGGCUGGUUGCUGGAGCAUACCGAGGCCGUCAUGAAGGUCUCCAUUGCGCCACGGACAAAUGCAGCACUGGGCUUUGCUCAGAUGCUUCCGAGAGACCAGCACCUCUUCACCAAGGAGCAGCUGUUUGAGCGCAUGUGCAUGGCCUUGGGCGGCCGCGUGUCCGAGAACAUCUCCUUCAACAAAGUCACUUCUGGGGCUCAGGACGACCUGAGGAAGGUCACACGCAUUGCCUAUUCCAUGGUGAAGCAGUUUGGGAUGGCGCCAAGCAUCGGGCCCGUCUCCUUUCCCGAGGCGCAGGAGGGCCUCACGGGCAUUGGACGGCGCCCCUUCAGCCAGGGCCUGCAGCAGAUGAUGGACCACGAAGCGAAGCUGCUGGUGGCAAAGGCCCACAGGCACACGGAGAAGGUGCUGCAGGAAAACCUAGACAAGCUGCAGGCGGUGAGGUUCUGGGCGCCGGGCCUGUCCCUGCAGAGUCGUCACUACACACUCCUCACGGGAGCCCUCCCGGCACACACAGCCGCAGAGAACGUGUCCACUGUGUGCUCCACCCAGCUCAGCGGAAAUCUCCCAUUUCUCAUACCUCCUCCUCAGCUUCUUACCGUGAACACGUCAAGCCAGUCCCUUGAAGCAGGCAGAACUAGUACUAAGCGUGCGGUCGGCCUCACUUACUCUUUCCCAGCUCUUAAGUUUUUCCUACAGUUUUUAUUUUUUAGGCAAUCUCUGUGCCAAACGUGGGGCUCAAACUCUCAUCCCCGACAUCAAGAGUUGCAGGUUCAGGGGCGCCUGGGUGGCUCUGUCGGUUACACGUCUGACUUGAUUUCGGCUCAGGUCAUGAUCUCUGCAUGCUGUGUCCUCAGAGGGUUGCUCCCAGACGAGCAGCACCUGCCUCCCCAGGGCGUGUGUGAGCAGUGCAGGGACUGAGCCAGAAUCGGCUGUUAACAAGGCCCGAGUGCCACACGUGUGCAGGACUCAGGCUCCCUGUGCAGGGGCCCAGGACGUCCCGCCUCUGCCCCGUUGGUGGGUUACAGGGCUGAGCAACAUACCAGACCUGGCCUGCGGACAAAGCGGCCACGCCCAUCACGGGUACUUGGGACUUAGUUCCUUGUGUCCGAGACUGAGCCGUCAGGACGGGCUGCUGGUGCAGCGCGCGCACACAGUUCAUUCAGCAUGUUCUCCACGACCACAUCUAGAGAGGCUGAGGCUCCCUUCCCACACCAGCUCCCCGUCCCCACAGUCCAGCCUCCCCUCGCUCCCCCACGUGCAGACACACACACCUUGUUUGGUAAAGGAAGUUGAAGUUGCCCCAGAAAACAGACUUGGAAGGGAAGCAGAAAAAUUAAUGAGGCUGGCAGCUGGGAGAACAUCUCCAAGGUCGAGACAGGGAGGGAUUCUUUACUUGAGCUGCCUGCUUGCGCUGCUUCCCUGGGAAAGUGGCCUGCCUGGGGCAUCCUGCUCACAGACACCCCCUCUCUCCUGGGUGCUCCGCUCUCAAAAGGCCCUUCUGUGUCCUUGUCUGGGGCUCACACACUGCCCUGUUUGUUCCCUCAGCUGGCGAAUGCCCUGUUGGAGAAGGAAGUGAUAAACUACGAGGAUAUCGAGGCCCUCAUCGGUCCACCACCU